AAGUGGACAGUUUGAUUUCACAGAAGUGUGAUUAACUUGGAGUUACACUGUGUUGUUUAAGUGUUCCCUUUAUUUUUUUGAGCAGUGUAUAAGAUAGGAUGUAGUCUCUCGACUAUAAAGAAACAUCAUGGCAGGUUCAGACUUCUAAAUGGAUCUGUGUUGAACACAAGCAAUUCAGUAGAUCAGACUUGUUCAGAAUCAUGUAGCCAGAAGGAUAGAGGUGUCUUUGGGGGGGGGAAAGGAAAAUUGCCUCUUUAUGACCAGCGUGAUCUUGUUCCAGAAACAUCUGCCCAAAUGCUCAGUCUGGUGGAUCAACGAGUCAAACUUGGCCUUUGUUAGCCAAUACAGAAAGCCUGGGAGAAACUACCAGUGCAAAGGCAUUGAUUGGUUAAAUCUGCUUAAUCUACAAACCAAUCAUCUUCCACAAACACUUCCCCAUAACCUCGCAGUUGUGUGAUUUGCUCAAAUUAAAUGAUGACAAAUACUUUACUCAAGUCACUGAACCGUUCAUAUCCCAGGCUUAGAUGCACUUUGCGCAAUAGCCUGGGGACAAGGUUAUGAAAAGCGUCACUGUCCUUUGCACUGAAUUGAUUUAGCUAUUAUCUGGUUAACAGUACACGGAAUAAGGAAUUGAGUGCCGGUUAACAAACUAUGCAUGAUAUUAUGCAUUUAAUUACCUCGCUAGUUACAGGUCACGUCAAUGUGCCAUCCAGGGUUGUCUUCAUUACGUCUUACAACUUUAACAGUUUACCGUUUAAGAACCAAAAGGAACGGUGAGGGCCCAACUGAAGUUGAAAAAUGUUGAGUUGGAGUGAACGGUUUCAAACGGUUUGCAACAGAAUCGGCGUAAUUAAUAUACCCCAGGUAGGUUUGUAUUGAAUUGCUAAUGUACUUUUCCAUUCUGGAAAAUGCCAUUCUGAGCAGAGGAACACGGCCAUUGUUUCCACAGCCGCAAAAGUCCGCGCACAUGACUCAUUGACAUACAGGAUGAAAUCAAGUCCUGGAGCAUUACCUAUUGCUUCCCAAAAGCAAUGAAUGUCCUGUGCAAAGCAAGGGAAACAACGACCACAACACUUGCAUGAUGGACUGACUAGCUCACCACCAACAAGCUAGCGAUUCCACAUCGGCUACAUAAGUGUCUAUGUAAAGGACGUGUAAGUGAGCAUGAAUUUCUCCUGAUUAGGCUUGCACAGAGGCUCGGACCUUUGCCUUACUAGCACACUUACUAGCCCUCCUGAAGUGUCUUACCAGUUGGAGGAUUGCAAAAAAAUAUAUAUUUGCUGGCAGAAGUGGGGACACUUCAGGCUGAGAGUAAUUUUCACACAUGCCCAUGUGCUACGCUCGCCCAUCAAACUUACUCAAUAGUGACCCCAGUGCAACUAUAGACCUGUGUCACGGCACCAUUGUAAAGGACAAGUACCACUUUCUCCUGAUUUGGCUCACACGAGGCUCAAACCCAGGAUACCUGCCUUGCUAUCCCACGUGACUGCCCUCCUGAAGUGUCUUACCAGUUGGCGCCAUGAAAAAAGCUAACUAUUCACUGGUGCAAGUAUGGAUAGUUCAAGCUGAGGAGUAAGUUUCACACACCCCCAUGUGCUAAAUCCACAAAUUAGACUUUCACGUAAAUCAUUCAUUAACGCCAAUGGGAGACUUACAGAGACAUUUGUUUUAAGGGUACGGAUCUCAAGGCUGAGUAACCUUAUUUACUUUUCUACAAUCAUUGUUUAGCUUGUAUGAACUUUGAGACCUGUCUUUACACCGAUAAUCAAUUGGUAGUGAGUCAAGAAAGUGUUGGGUUUUCUCCACACGAUCAGUCAAAAGCACACUUCAUUCCAAGAAGCUAUGCUGAUCAUCAUGGAUGCACCCACUUUAACUUACUGUACCCAAAUUCAAUCAAGCGGUUUCAUCCAUAUGAUGGUGACAGUAUGCUUGUAGGCCUGUAUUUUUUAAUUUUUUUUUUACUGAUGUUACAUUUAUUUGUGUCAUUGUCCCUCAUGAUGUCCAUACCCAAGGUACAUGCUGACCUCCGGGUUAGAGCAAAAAAACAAAUGUGGAUAGCAGUUCUGCAGCACGAUGGCCACCUACUGGUGACGUGAUGCACUGUGCAUUCUAUGAUUAGUAUGAAAAGUGCAUUUGUUACUUGCAUUGAACACAUCAGCUCCUCCCGUUUUACCUGCCUUGUGUUAUUUGUCCAAUAGACACAUUCAUCAUUGAACCUCUUACAGAUCUCGCCUUGUUCAUGAAUAUGUCCAAUUUGUGGCCUUGUCAAACCAGCUUCUAAGGAUAGAUCGACUCAAGAUUUGUUUCCUCUUAAAUCAACUGUAAAUGGCAUAUUGGUUUGCAGAACCAUACAGUCCAAACUAUCUCCGGUCAUACCACUGGCUAUCGUUUCAUUGGAGUUACAUAUAGUAUUACACAAUUCCUAUUGUUUAUGCCAUAUAUUGGCCCUCAAUUUGUAUCUUAGGAAGAGAGUCUAGUAUUAUUUACCAAACCCAAUAGGCUUAGUUCUUAACUGGAUUGAUUUGACAGAAUGCUUUACAUUAAGGGGUAGCUUAGUUGUUGGUUAAAGAGUGGUGUGUACAGGUCCUUGACAACCCAUGAUGUUCUCAACCCUUAAUGUAGACUUUAUCUUAUCAACGGCACCAUUCCAACCUAUUGCUUGGUUAAAUAUCAUGGAUUUGCAGUUGGUUUUGGAAUAAACAUACCCCAAAAGACAGUAAAUAGCAGUAACUGGUCUUAUGGUAAGGCUCUUACAUGUGGCCCAGGCUUGCUCAUAGAAGACAUGAGUGGUUUCCCUUUCUUUUUUGUACAAAUUCUACUAUAUGCUUGAAAUACUGUCCUUACUAGGACAUGGCAUGUAAUUUUGGUAUUUCACUUCACUGGUAUGAUGUAAAGUGGUGCCGUUGCUGGAGCCCAUUAAAAAAAACAAAGCCACCAUUUUGUCUCCAGUCUUUCUUGAUUCUUGCAACCAAGAUGGUGGCAACUAGGCAGAAGCAAUCCAGGGCAGACCUAAAGCAGGGACACUGCUGGUUGUUGUUCUGCUAUGUAGACCAACCUAAGGGCUGCUCUGAAAUUGAGGUGGGAUUACACAUUUGGUUCUUAAUAACAACAUAAGUGGGCAGAGCAACACAGGACAGCAGAGUAGUCGCCUGCUUUUGAGCGAACUGAGUCAUGGCACUCUCCGCAGUAGCAGCCGUCGUCCUGCACGCAUAGUGAUCACACAGAAGCCUUGAUGCACGCGGCAGGAUGUGCGCAGAAGCUGUACUGCGCAGCCAUAGAACGUGUAGGGCGGGUACUUGCAAGGUUCUCCUUCCUUUUCAUUGGUUCUAAUAGCAUAGAGUCAUAAAUGUUCCCGGGGUUCGGGCACAUUGUGUGAUUCGAUAAAGAGAAAAACAAGAAAAAAUAUAUAUUUCUGAAAAACGACCAAAUUAUCAAUAUGUUCACGGAAAUGUCUAGCUAGGUAGUAACCUAAAGCAUCGAGGGACCGGAGAUAACAACAGGAGUCAGGACGGCGGUACGCAAAACUGCAUUGCCUGCUUCAUGGGUAAAUGUAGCCUUACCCACAUCAACCUGGAACCCAUGCACACAUGCUAAAGCAGGUGGAUUGGGUGUUGGAAAACAGUGGUCCCAGGUCCCCUGUGGAGGUCGAGCAUGGCUCAAGGAUUUAAUACUUGUUUUCGUAACCUUCCGCCAUUGUCGUCAGAAUCCGAAGGCACAUUCAAAGUCCUUGAAUCCGAAGAUAGUUUGGCGCACCACCUUGAAAGCCUCAUUGAGCAUAAUGACCUUUCCAACACCGUGGUUUCGCCAGAGAACAUUUCCUCGGACUUGAACUUGAGUUCAAACUUUUUCUCAAAUUCCAAUACUAGUUCUGAUUUUGUACAAGAGAAAUACUAUGAUGACGUCGUUUGGCAAGAUGAGGGUCAACCAGUACAUCAUGAAGGUCAGUUUAACCACACAAGCAACAGCUUCUUUACCCCAGCUAGAGCAGCCAGUUCAAGUAAUUGCCUCUCAACUUCAGGUGUAGACCUAAACCCCCAUGAUCUUAAACAAGAAUGUGACUUAUUGAACCCUUCCAUUCCGGAGGACUACUCAGAUGUUAGUAGCUGCUCAGAGUCCGAUGUUGAUAGGACAGGGCCUUCUUGUGAAAUGUUAAAACAUGGUUCAAAUGAUACUCCACUAGUUGCAGAUUACAAGAAGGAAAAUGAAUGUGCAUGGAAGAGCCCAGAAAGCAUGGCUACUUCAGAGAGUGAGGUAGAAGAGGAUCAAGAUGAACCACCAGAGAAGGAAAAGGAGACAUUCAUGCGAGAGAAUAAAUACUCGGAGACCUCCGGUGCUCCAGAAAGCCUAUCUGUUUCAGAGGACGAGGGAGAAAAGGAUCAUCUGGAUGGAGAAACACAUGGGAAAGAUGAGGAGACUUGCAUGGAGCAAGAUGGUCAACACACAGAUUCUUCCUUGGGUGCCGAAGAAAGCCAGACUGCCUCAGUGAAUGAGAGAAACGAGGAACUGGAUGAUGAAGCACAGAAUGCAGAAGAGGGUUGCAUGGAGGAAGAUGAUCGGUACUCAAAUGUCAGCAACCUAGAGGGCCAAAAUGAAGGAACCAUUGUAAGAGAGAGCUUUAAAGAGAAAGAGGGGCAUUCAUUAUCCCAAGGAACUAUGGACUCGCAGGGUAUCAAUGCAUCCAACGCUCAAGAUUCUGAUAACAAGCUGAAUGAUAAUACCUGUAACUUUGAAUAUCAGGAUUCAGUUAAGGAUAAGGACUCUUUAAAGGUUGCUGGUCAAAAAAAUUGCAAAAGUUCCUCUGUCAUUUGUGGAUUAGGCCUAGGGGGUAGCAAUCAAACGUUUGAGUCUUGUUUGGAAUUCCCUGAAAAUCAAUCAUUGAAAACUAGAUUUCAGGAGAUCGUUGGUAGUGCCACUCAAAGUACAAACUCAACCUACGAGGAAAGUGCGAGUGAUUCCAUUCGUGCAAGUGGAGGGAAAGAGGAUCAUAGUAGCUUUGAUUUUUUGGAGCGUUGUUUAGGUCUGAACAACUUUGGAAUUGAACAAAAGUCCUGUAUUGAAAAUGAGUGGCUAAGACCUAUGGAUGAGUCAAAUGUAUUGUCUUGUUUGGAAAAGGACCAGGCAUCCCAACAGAACCUAAUGCGCCAUAUCGAGCCACCAAACCUUGUGAGAGCUGGUCUAGAAAACACAAGAGAGACAUUUCAUAAAGUAUUCACGGCAGAUGAUGAGCAAGAACCCCAAGUGCUAAGUGAAUGCUACUGUGAACCAUUGUCAAGAGAAGAUUGUAUGCGUGACACCGAGGGCAAUCUGGAAGGGGGGGAGACCGGGUCUAUUGAUUCAACUGGGUUAAACCAGGAGAGAGGAAAUUCAACCAUUAAUAACAUUGAAGACGAGAGGGAUUUUGAGGACCAAGCAGCUCCGUUGAAAUCCUCACUGCAUAUGAAGAAAAGCAUGCACCCUAUUGUACUGCUCAGGAACUUCAAACAAAAAAAUUACACAGAUGGGGCUUAUCAGUGUGCAGCAUGCCAACAGGCCACACAAAGUAUAGACCAUCUAAUUGAGCACCACCAUUGUAACCACUCUAAGAACAAAUUCAAUUUCUGUCAGACCUGUGGUACUUACUUGACAUGUGAUUCACUAGCCAAGAAACAUCAGUGUGGUAUUAUUGAUGAAAAUGCACAACUCUCUUCUAAUAUGAAACCCCAGAAGAGAAAAUCAACCGGGCAUGCUUUUCACAAAUGUAGAUACUGCACACAGACAUUUUACAGACUGUGUGACUACAACAAGCAUGUGCAGAGCCACUCGGGUAGAACUGAACACACGUGUCAUAGGUGUGGCUCUAACUUUUCACAAUGCCGUAGCCUGAACAGACAUUUACUUGAAAAGAAAUGCCGGCGUCGAAGUUCACAAGUUCCUGUUAAACAGAUUCAAACAACCCCACGUAUCAGCAUUUACAAAAAGGGAACUGUACAUCCAUAUGUCCUUCCACCAGACAGCCCCUAUGCCAAUCUUCCAGAUUGUUUUGUGAAGCUAGUGGACAUUUGCAAGGAGCAUGUUUGUCGUCUUUGUGGGAAACGCUUUGCAAGCAGUGCAAAACUCUACAAGCACGGAUACAAUGUACACCAUACAAAAACUAGGUCAUAUAACGUUCGGCCUAAGUGUCAGAACACAUACAGGUCAUAUAAGUGUCAGAAAUGCCUGAUGACAUUCAAUUAUUCAAGCAAUUUUAGCAGGCACAAGAAAAGAUGCAAAGGAGCUGAGACGAAUGAGAAAUUCAAGUGCCCUCUUUGCCCACGCCUUUUCAAAUAUUCCUACAACCGGUCCCGCCAUUUGCGCGAGCAGUGCAUUAAAGACUUUACACAGGGAAGCUCGGGGAAAGUUGAAAUGAAAUUUCGAUGCCCUUUCUGCACCACAACCUUUAGUAAUGCAUCUAACCGACAUAGACACAUAAGAUUGGUGUGCCUCAAGGAAUAUAUACACAAUGAGACUUCAAGGACCAAAGCUGAACGCCAGGAAAACAUGGCCCAGAAAGAAACACAAAAGCCGCCACUGAAAACGGCACUGAAUCGAAAUGAGCCGGGUCUCAAAUGCAACUACUGUCCAGCCGUUUUUGCUUAUUCUUCUGGAAAGUACAGACACAUGAGGAAACAUAAGUUGUUUGAAAACACUGGAAAAAAGUUCAGAUAUUCAAGCCUAGUUCCCAUUUCUAACAAGUCCAAGGCUAGUAUUGAGGACCCCAAAGACGGUCCACUCUCCAGUGAAGUCAGCAGCCAGCCCUUUUCCUGUCUCUUCUGUGGAAAAUGGUUCAACACUUCAUAUUCCCUGAAGAAACACAUCUGUAGUAUGCAUAUGGGUGACAAACCAUAUCGCUGCCUGGAAUGUGGGAAACGUUUUGGGAAAGAAAUCCAUCUUGUCGCUCACAAAAAAGUGCACCAGCGAAGGAUACAGUGUACUGUUUGCAAGAAGAUACUUCCUACCAUUGGGGACUUGAUUCAACACAGGCAAUCUCACAUCAAAAAGGGCAUGCUUCAGUGCCCAGACUGCCCAUCGCAGUUCCAGUACCCAGUGUAUCUUCUUCGACAUAUGGCAUCACAUCACAAACUUCAGCAAGAGCAGCCACUCAAAGAGAAAAAACAGAGGCACCCCUCAAAACUUGAGCCGCUUGAGUCUUUGCCACCACUCAAAGAGCAGGAAGAGGAAGAAAAGUUGGGGUGCCCCCUAUGUCCAGAGGUCUUUCACAGUGGCACAGAACUGAGUAGUCAUUGCCUAAACCAUGUAUCGGAGUCCUCUUCAAGUCAGUGUCCAUUUUGUAAACGCCUCUUCUCUUCCCGCACAUCUUUGGUACGCCAUAUACGCAUUCAUACAGGGGAGAAACCAUUUUCUUGUCAGAGUUGUGGAGAACCUUUUCGUCGAAAAGAGUAUCUCCAGUUGCACCAAGAAAAGUGUCCAGGUCCAAAAAGCAAGCAAGAACUGCCCACUAUUAAAGAAAGUGAAGAAGUCUCAUCAAAAUCUUUGGUGACAAGAAUAAGGAAGGUAUACAAAUGUUCAUACUGUCCUCGGGAAUUUGAAAAAUUGCCCCGUUUAUUACUGCACCACAAUGGCCACAUGCAAAAUACAGUAACCCCCUGUCCAAAAUGUGGUAAAUGUUACAGACAAAGGCGCAAGUUACAUGAAAGACUUUGCAAUGGCUCAAACAUAAAAUCUAUAGAGCCAGUGAGCACUGUCUGGCAUCCUUGUAGGAAUUGUGGGAGGAAGUUUUCAAGGGAUUAUAAUCGAGAUGUCCAUGAGAGGAUUUGCCACUCUGUAAAGCCCUUGCAAAAAACCACCAGCUUUUCUGGCAACUCAAACAUCCAUCCUUGCAGGAAUUGUGGAAAGUACUUUACAAGGAGUGAUAAUCGGAAUUUCCAUGAGAAGACUUGCAACUCUGCCAAGCCCUUGCAAAACAACACCAUAGAAAUUGGGACCAGUAGCAGGGAAAAGUUGCGGCACAAAUGCCCCCACUGUCCAAGCAAGUUCAAGUACAGAAGUUUUCUCCUGAGACAUAUUGGGUCACACACUGGAGAAAGAUCAUAUCCAUGCAUGCACUGUGGUCACAGCUAUGGAAUCCAGUCACGAUGCUUACAGCAUGAAGCUUUCUGUGAUGGUGUUAAUCGGCAAAAGCCACCAAGCACCAGCCUUGGUGAAUAUAAGUGCAAUAUCUGCACAAAAGUCUUCAUGAAAUCCCGAAACUUAAGGCGGCACAUCCUAACGCACACAGAGGUAAAGCCAUAUCGCUGUAAGGCCUGUGACAGCUGUUUCUCCAGACAUGAUCAUCUAAAACUGCACCAGACUCGCUGCAAAGGGAAAAGACAACGUUUAGAGGUUCGCAUUGCCAAAAUGAGUCUGGCAGAUGUUGGAAUGGGCUGGCAAAAUAACCUGAACAUUACCGAUUCAGGAACGCAACAAGGGUUUGACUGCAGCAUAUGUUCAAAGAGCUUCCCCACUCACAGCAUUAUGGCCCGACAUAUUGCCAUGUCACAUGCUAUAAGAACUGUCAGUUCAUUUACUCAUGAAAAAUCACUUAAGAGACAUAUAAACAUUGGUGCAUGUCAAAGAAUUUAUGCAAAAACAAAGCAUUCAGAAAAGCUAAAUGUUACAAGCCCACCAUCAAGAGAGACAAACCGACUUCUACAGAGGAUCCAGCUGCAAUAUAAAGACAAACGCAAAUUCAAAUGUACUUUUUGCCCUCGCCUUUUCAAAAGUGGUGAGCAAUUGAGGGUGCACACCCGCUUGCAUACAGGGGAGAAACCUUUUGGAUGUUCUAAUUGUGGUGAGAGAUUUAUCCGUAGGGACUACCUGCAGCGCCAUUUGAACAGGUGCAAAGGGGAACCUCUUGACAGAGUGCUUUGUGACAGAUGUGGUGACGUAUUUUCGCAAGAUGAACUCGAGAACCAUCAACUGACAUGUGUUGUCAAGUGUAAAUCACCUGCCCAUAGUCAAACUGAGUCCACUGCUGGCAGUCCACCAAAAGGGUUCUCUUGUGCUAAUUGCAGUGCCCGCUUCUUGUUGUUCUCUCAGCUCCAGCAACACUUUCUCAACACGCAUAGAGACGCUCCAACAAAUCAGGCUUCACCUCUACAGGAGCAGUUGUCUACUAUGGUGAACAUAAAAGAGGAGUCUUUGGAUGAAGGAUAUGGUGACACUCAGCAGAAUAGUGAUAACAAUCUCAUGCUUGAUCAAGACAGUGAUCGGAAUAAUGAUAUGAACAAACUCAUUAAGUGUCCACAGUGCAACAUGAACUUUGGAAAUAAGGGUGGAUUUGCCAGACACAUGCGUACACAUUUAGGACAGUACCCAUUCAACUGCAAGAAAUGCAAUAAAGGCUUUUGGAACAAAAACUUAUGUCGGACACAUGUAAGGAAAUGUAGAGUUGUAAAGGUCACGAAAGAAGUAGUUCACACUGACUCUGUAAUUACUUCAGAGAUGGAUCCUACUCUUAAAGAGAGUGUUCUAGUCUUCAACCAAGGUUCCAAAACAACAGGCACUGGGGUUUUGCAGACUAAUUUCUCCUGCAAAGAUGACAUGAAGGAUUUAACACUACAGAAUGACUCUGGAAAUCAAGGCAAAGGAAGGUCUUCCAAUGAUAGAAGAAAUAGUGGUCAACAAGUCCCAGGCAACAAGUACCAGUGCUCAGAAUGUGAUAGAAGUUUCACAGAUGGGCUUCUGCUCAUCAGUCAUUUAGAGGACCAUGGGCGCGAGGAGCUAGAAAGAAAAAAGAAAUUCUGCCAGCCUUGUGGUAAGACGUUUGCUAAUCCUUCAGAUCUAGCAAGGCAUAUGAGAGGCCACUGGAAUGAGAAGAUCUUUUCUUGCCCCCAAUGUCCACAGACUUUUCCCUGCCCUUCUGACCUUGACAUCCAUAGAACUUGUCAUGACUCAAAUAGACCAUUUGUCUGCAAAGAGUGUCAACAACGGUUUUGGACCAGUCAAUCUUUAGAAAACCAUCAAAGCCAAGCUCAUUCAAAAGAACUAAUUUAUACAUGCCAUGUCUGUAACAAGAACUAUUCAAUCAGAAGUUCACUUGUUAAACAUAUUAGGAUGAAGCAUCAAACCCAUAAGAACAUGGAUGUUGUUAUCCACGUGAAGGAAAAGGAGACAGCACUACAAGAGGAAUUUGACAUGGAAGUUGAUGUGGAUGGAGGAAGUAAUGAUGAAGAUGAAAAUUAUGCUAAUGAGGACAAUGACUCUGACUCUGCAGACUACUUCCCCUGCCAUGUCUGUGGGAAAACGUUCACCACAUCAGAAAGCCUUGAGGAUCACCAACGCUGUCACCUUGGUGAAAAACCUCAUGAGUGUGCAGAAUGUGGCAAGUGUUUUUUCCAGGCAGGGCAACUGCAACAGCACCUUCGGAGCCACAAGUCUGAGUAUCAGUGUCAAAUAUGUGGCAGAGGUUUUGUCUCACUCUUUGCCUUACGCAAACACAAGCAUACUCAUGGAAAGAGCCGUCAACACCGUUGCUCCAAGUGCCCGCUCAGCUUCACAGGGCCCUCGCAGCUGGCAGAGCACAUGGGCACCCACCGCGAUGACAAUUUCCCUUGUGAUAUAUGUGAUCGCACAUUCUCCUGCAAGAUGAGUCGGGCAACGCACCGGAAAAUCCACAUUGAGACAGAGGAUGUUCCACCACCUUUACUUCCUCCAGAGAAGACUGCAUCCUCCUCUUCUACUGCCUCUUCCUCUACAAUGAAGCACCUUCAAUAUCGUUGUGGGGUUUGCGAUGAACGUUUCAAAGAACCCGAACAACUGUCUGAGCAUGGGUGCCUGGCUGCCAGAGAGCGACCUUAUUCAUGCCAAGAAUGUAAUAAGCAUUUCUUGCAUGCAUCUCACUUAAACAAGCACGAGCUCAGUCACUACCAAAUACCACAAUCAUACGUGUAUCGGUGCAAUCAAUGCCACAUGAGUUUCAACUACCGUCACAAUUUUGUCAGUCAUUUAAAUGAACACGGUGACGAUGAGGCUGCAGCAGAAGCUUUGAAAGGAGGCUCCGUGACAAAUGCUUGGGAAACUGUUUCAGAGAAGAGAACCAUUUACAAAUGCCCAAUUUGCUUUCACAUGUUUGCUCAUGCCAUAGAAUUGGCAAGUCACCUUUCCAUACACUCUGAGAACACGUUUGCUUGCAGUGUUUGUAAGUUGACAUUUCCCACCAAAAGCAAGCUUGCUGAACAUGAGCGAAGCCAUCUGACUGCUGCAACAGAAUACAAGUGCACGGAGUGUGGUCAGAGCUUCUUGGGCAGUGAUUUUCCCCACCACCACUGUGCACGUCGGCAACGUGCUGUGACAGCCCAUGAACUCCCACAUCUGUCUAAUAGAAAGUCAAUGGAGGAAGAGGUGGAUGUUGGGGAGGACUUCUUUAAUUGUACUGUCUGCUUAAUGCGAUUCUCUUCUCGCGGUAGUCUCCAGCAGCAUCUAAACAAAGAGCAUCACAAUGAACGGCCAUUCAAGUGCCAGUCUUGUGGAAAGACCUUUGCUCUGAAGAGAUAUCUCAGAGACCAUGAGCGAAGACAACAUAAAUUUGGCACUGAACGAGCCCACCCGACAUACAAAGCCACAGACAGUGAGAGCCAGUACAAGUGCUCAGUUUGCCCCAAAACAUUAACCUCGGCACACGACCUGUCAUUGCAUAUGAAAGUGCACACAGAACAGGAAUCUGGAGGAGACCACCGUUGUGACAUGUGCUAUAAAUCAUUCAGUCGACUGUCUCUUCUCAGGCAGCAUCAAGAAAGUCAUGUUGGACAAGUUGUAUAUGAAUGCACAGAGUGUGACAAAGCGUUUGCUUUCCCACAUCUUCUAGAGGAACAUCAAAUGUCUCAUGCUGCUGGACUAUAAGUCUUUUUCCCCACCCUCAAAAUCCUCCCACUAACUAAAUGUAAAAAGACAAGUUGGACAAUGGACAUUUAAAAGACCUCCUGCCUCACUGAUUGUGUUCAAUUAUCCAAUGAACUCAGUCAUGUCAUAGAAAUGUGUUUUUUUCUGGUUCUGUUUGCAGUCAUCAAGCAAUUUUGUGUUCACACUUCCAUCUUAAUCGUUUAACGUUUUUGAUUGGCUCACAAGAUGCUUAACUGUGUUUUUACCCCAUGUCUUCUCAAAUGUUUGGCCUACAACCUGGUUCGUGGAAAGGUUUAGAUUAUAUUUACAGAUUUCCUCCUAUUUUAACAUUUUAUAUCUGGUCAGAACUGCAGUUCAUUGAUACUAUUACCUUUCCAUAGAGCACUAAUUUGUAACAGCCUCCAUAUUCAAUUGUAUAUAGUUAGUAGUCUUAUGUGCCCUGAAUGUGAUUACAAAAGUUUCAGUUUACUUUUCACAAAGUGAAAUGUUAGCUUUUGACCAUGGAAUGAAUUCCUGACUCUGAUAAAGUAUAAUGGGCUGUCACUGACAGUUUUAGGAAUCCAUAUUGACCCGGUUGUUUUUUAAAAGUUUUUUUGUUUUGCUUGCUAAUCCAUUAUUCUGCCUAACCUUCUAAACAUAUUAUCACUUAGACUUGAAUAAUGACGUGGGAUACUUUUAGCCAUGUAUGAUCCAUGUAGCCCUAAUAAACUUUCCAAAUUCAAAACCACAGCAUUGUGUAUAUUAUGUAAAUAUGACAUGAUCGUAACCAUUUAAGUAUUUGACAUGAAAUUGACCAUUGUUGUAAGCUAUUAAUUUUCCCUGUGUUCAGAAACAUUCUAUCAUGCAUUCAAAUGCCUUAUAUGUGUUUUGGAUGUAGUAGUUCAAGGGCAACAUUUGUUGACAUUUUUUCCUUAUUGGAUGUUACUUUUGUAUGAAUGGUGUUUCAAUCAAAAUACAUUAAUAAACUAAAUAAACCAGUCAACUGGU